AUGUAUGGAUCAGAAGAAGCAAGAUUAGAUUUCCAUUACCUUAGAAAGAAUGUAACAGGUUUUUUAGCCAAGGAAGGAAAUGAAAUUGAUGGGGAGACAUGCGACAUGAUGCAAAUCCAUUCAAUCGAAAGUGAUCUUGGUGGAAUCUUCAUGUGGGGUAGUACAAAUAAGAUAAGAACAACAAGAAGAAAGAAAAAGAAAGAAAGAAAGAGUACAGCAGCAGCAGCAGCAGGAAUCCCAGUUACAAAAAAAAUUAAUAACAUAUAUAUGACAUCACUAAGGCAAUCAAUUUUAAAAGGAAGAGGACAAUCUUCGAUGGCGUUGGCGAAUUCAUGUUAUGGAGGCAGUUUUACAGCAUCGGGGUUGUCGUCACAGGUCAAUCGCGAUUUAUCGACAUCGCCAACCACCACUGGCGCCUUUCUACAUCAAAACCAUGCAGGCGGUGGUGGUAUGGUCACAUCGUCAUCGAAUCCCAACUUGGUGUCACUUUCAUCCUCUCCUUUAUCUGGAAUGAGUUCACCUAUCCACACAGUCAAUAAUCAUGGUAAUAAUAAUAAUAAUAAUAAUACUACUGGAAAUAAUAUAUCAAAUAGUGGAACUAUACAAAAUAACAGUUUUAUAAAUAGUAUUAUAAAUAAUCAUAGUAAUAAUUAUAAUAUUGGUGCUGCUAAUAUUGGUAGUGGUAAUAAACCACCAAAUUUAAAUAAUAAUAGUAAUAAUAAUAGUCCAAAUCAUAGUACCAAUAAUAAUAAUAUAGCAUCAACAAGCAAUCCAAAUUUAACAUUGAAUCAUCAUCAUAGUACAAGGUCACCAUCAGCAUGUAGUAAUAAUAAUAGUCUUAGUUCGAGAUCCUACCUUAAUCGAACGAAUAGUGGUGGUGCCAGUAGUGGAUUAGGUGGUGCUGGAGGUGGACAACUACCAAGUGGAUUAACCUCGUCGCCAAGCAGUAACAAUGUCAGUGGUGGCGGAUUAGGUGGUGCUAGUGUCAUGCCAGGUGUGUCUGGAGGAGCAGGCAGUAACGUAUUUAACGCCUACAGUGGAACAUUGGGUGAAUUUAUGGAAAAUAUGUGUUCCAUUCAUGACAAGGGUGAUGGUCGUGGCAGAUCAGAUUCUGUAGCCAAUACUCUAAAUACUCAUAUCGAUAUUGAAAAUCCUCAAGUUUGGAAUAAUCAUCCUUUAAUUGUUUCAGAUGAUUCAUUGACAAGUCAAAAUAAUAAUUUAUUUCAUAGAUAUACGCUAAGAUUACCAAACUCUCUUGAAAAUGAAUACCUUAGUCAUCAUUUUUUAUCACAAAUUAUGUUAUUAAGAAUAACAAAUGUUAUUGGAUUAUUAGCAGUAUCAUAUGGAUUUACAAAACCAGCAAUAUUUAUAUUAAUUGCCAUUCGGAUAUUAUGUUUUAAUUUUUUCACAACCUAUUUCAUUACGAUAUUGUUAGAGUACCAGACCACCACGACCACCUUUAUACUGUUCCUCUACGCCAUCAUAUUCCUGUGUCUCUACGCGCUGGGAUGUCUACUUUUUAUAUGGAUGGUCAUGUGCAAUCUCAUGCACACCCUCUGUUUUGUCAUAUUUCUAUUCCUUCAAUCUGGCUUGGAUACGGUCAAUUUAGUCUCUUAUAUAUUUUAUAUAACUGCCAUCUUCCUCAUGGGUUCUUCCCAUUUAUAUGUUUUAGAAAAAUCAAGAAAAGAAUGUUUUGUAGAUAGUAAAAGAUUAGAAAAGAAAGCGGAAUGUUUAAAAGGGGAAAAAGAAAAAUCAGAACAAUUGUUAUUAAACAUUUUGCCAGAGUUUGUCAUCAAGAUGAUGGACAAGGAUUGGAUCACUCGAAAGAAUACACACCCCAUUUCAAAAGAUUUCCCAGAUUGUUCUAUACUCUACUGCGAUAUAGUCGAGUUUACCAACCUUGCCAGUAAGCUCGAGCCCCAGUCACUGGUCAAACUGCUCAACGAGGUGUUUACCGACUUUGACAGAGUCGUCGAAGAACACGGCUGCGAAAAGAUUAAAACCGAUGGUGAUGCAUACGUCUGUGCUGGAGGACUGACUAUUGACAACAAACAUCAUUACAAAUCAAUGAUUGAUGUUGCCAUUGCAAUUUUAAAUUCUCCAACCCUAAGACAAAAUUGUGAAGGUAUUCCUUUAAAGAUAAGAGUUGGAUGUGCAACUGGAUCGGUUAUUGGAGGUGUGAUUGGAUGUGAUAAGUUUCAGUUUGAUGUUUGGGGUGAUGCUAUUGCUAUGGCUCAUAGCUUGGAACAAACUGGUGUGCCGGGUAAGAUACACAUUUGUGAGCAUGGCAUGGAGAGAUUGGAUACUCGGUACGAAGUCGAGUUGAAUACCUCUUGUCCGUUGGGUACAACCACUUAUUUCAUCCUACCAAUAAUGCCUGAGCCUCUUGGACCGGGUAUGUUCCCAGAAGACAAAUAUACUCCCCUCUCCCCUAAAAUAUUCAAUCCCAAUGCUGGCAUACACCUCGAUCAUCCUAUUACCCAGGAUCCCACUGCCCCCACUGUCACUACACUACUUGAUGAUGAGUCAUCUGUAACCUCAACUACCAGUACAACUAGUACUACUAGUACAACAAGUACACCUGAGCCAACAACUACUUCAACCUCAACCUCAACCUCUACAACAACCAAUGUAAAUAAUGUAAAUAACAACAAACAACAAGAUGAUCUUGUUGUACCAACAAUAAUAACAACCGAUACAACAACAAUAACAACUGAUACUACAAACAAAGAGGUAGUCAUUCCAAUUGUAGAUUUGGCAGAAGAGAGAAAGUGUAGUGGGUUUGUUCACCAUGAGGAUAUAGUACAUAAUAAUAAUAAUAAUGGCCUAGCAUCAGGAUUACCAAGUAGUUCUAGUGUAUCAUCUACGACUUCAACAUCACCACCAUCAACCAUUCAAAUGCCAUCGUCAUCAUCGUCACGUAAAAAGGUUGAUUUUGAUGUAUCACAUGGUGCAGACAAUGAAUCCAUGUCGACUAUGUGGUCGGACGGAGGUAAACGUAAAAAGCGUAAUCGUGAAAAGAUCAACUUGAAAGAUUGGCGUCAGAUCCUACUCAAACCAAUCAAGAUUAUCCGUGCUCAUGAUGUGUCUGGUUACAACAACUCAAUCUUUGGUAAGAAUCUCAAUUCAAACAACUCUGAGAUGUACGAGGUUGACAAGGAUUUCAAGAAAUACACCAAGAUGAAUCGUUUCAUCCUACAGUUUCGUAAUAGUUUGGUGGAGCGCGAGUUCCAUCGCUACAUCAUCGACAAUACACUCUUUGAAACCAAGUUUUUCAUUAUGAUUGGAAUAUUGUUGCACACGGUCUUUUUCAUUGACGAUCUUGUCAUGAAAAGUAACCCAUUGUUCAACUCUAAUGCCAUCUAUGCUAUCAUGGGUGCCACCUUUGUCCUCUAUUUCAUCCUAUCGUUUACCAAUCUAUUCCGUAACCCUAUUCGCUACCAAAUUGCAUUUAUGCUCCUACUCGUCAUGUUUGGUAUUUGCACAACCAUCGAACUACUUCGUUACAACAAUCCACUAGCUCGAUCAUCCCUCACUCGUGUAGCUGCCACUCUCUUUUACGUCAAUGUUUUCCAUGCCCUAAACUAUGUUUGUGUCAUCUUUUUAAAUAUCUUUAUUCUUGCAUUCUUUUUUAUUUGUGCAUUAUUAUGUUGGGAUUGCGACGAUGUUUUUUAUCCAGGUGGCAUCGUCGUAUGGCAUGAAGAUGGGGAUGCGUCAUGCAUGGGUGAUCAAGAUCACGUCGCCAUCAUGUUUAUCAAUAUCGUCGGGUUUGACAAACUGCCUCAGUCGGUCGAAGCAUCGACGAUGGUCAAUAACAUGAACUACUUCUUUUCCAUCUUUGACAUGUUGCUCAAGACCUAUGAACUCGAGAAGAUUAAAACGAUCGGUACGGCGUAUAUGGUCGUCGCAGGAUUGAACGGUCAGUCCAAUCAACAACCCAAAGCAUUCCUGUACAAGGCUGCCGACAUGGCUCUCACUGCCAAAUCCAUCGUCAUGCAUGUCAUGGGCGAUAUACUCAACGUCCAAAUCGGCAUAAGUUUUGGUCCAUGUGUCGCUGGUUGUAUCGGUAUCCAACGUGCCAAGUUUGACGUGUGGGGUGAUACAGCCAACAUUGCCUCGCGUAUGCAAACGUCCACCGAGCCAGGCAAGAUCCAGGUCACCAAAGAGGUCAGUAGAAUACUCAAAAAGGGGUUCUUCCUCGAAGAGCGUGGAGAGAUUAAUAUCAAGGGUAAAGGUGCCAUGACUACAUACUACCUCACCGGCAAGAAACGUUCCAAUGACAUGUUGACUGAAAAUAGCGAUAUCGAGGGUCUACCCAGACACUGGCGUGAACAAAGAUUACUUCAAUUUAGUGGAAGUUAUUCUAAUUCCAUUAGAGACGAUGAUUCAAUUUUAAAACAUAAUUAA